AAACCUUGAACGUCACGAUGAAGAAUCGUGAACGGGACACAUGUUGAGCGUGAAAGAAACAGAAAAAUGUUCUGACCUGUUGUUUAGUCCUUGGCGAUUACCUUGAUUUUGAUAACACGCCACAUAUUCUAUGUGAGUUGGUAGCGGCAGAAUGAAGAGGGUGAUAUUCGUUAUUGCCUUGUCGGUUCUGCAAGUCGUCCAUGGCAAGGUUUCUGAUGAUACUUUUCUCCUGGGAAAGUUCCCUGAUGACUUUGCUCUGGGAGUAGCCACCUCCGCCUACCAGAUAGAAGGCGCCUGGAAUGAGGAUGGUAAAGGGGAGAGUAUAUGGGACGUGUACAGCCAUGUGAAAGGGAACAUUGCCGACGGUAGCAACGGUGAUAUCGCCGGUGACGACUACCACCACUACAAGGAAGAUGUGCAGUUGUUGCGGGAGCUCGGGGUGUCCCACUACCGUUUCUCCUUUGCGUGGACACGCAUCAUGCCUGAUGGUACCAACAACACCAUCAACGAGAAAGGCAUCGAGCACUACACCAAUGUCUUGACUGAACUGAAGAAGUACAAUAUCACUCCGCUAGUGACACUUUACCACUGGGACCUUCCACAAGGCUUAAUGAAGUACGGCGGCUGGCAAAAUAGUUCCCUGAUACAGCAUUUCAACAACUAUGCUGAACUGUGUUUCAGACGGUUUGGUCAUUUGGUAAAACACUGGAUCACAUUCAACGAGCCUUUUGUGGUGUCCUGGGUAGGCUACGAAUCUGGCAGCAUGGCACCUGGUAUCAAAGACAAUACGAUCGUGUAUGAGGUUGCUCACAACAUCAUCAAGUCCCAUGUAGAGGCUUACCAUACUUACAAUGACACAUACAGGGCCACACAACAAGGCAAGGUGGGAAUGACUAUAGACACUGAAUGGAAGGAAGCUAAAACUGACAGCCAAGCAGACAUAGAUGCCGCCAAGCUUGUCAUGGAAUUCCGACUCGGAUGGUUCGCCAAUCCCAUUGUGUUUGGAGACUACCCAGCCAUCAUGAGGAAGACGGUUGACUACAAAAGCAAGCAGCAAGGCUUCAGCAAGUCCAGGCUGCCCAUGUUUACUGACGAUGAGAAGAAGAGAAAUAAAGGUGCCACCGACUUCCUUGGAAUCAACCACUACACAACACAGAUGAUCAGUUCCAAACCAGACAACGACCUCACUCCUGGAUACUUUAACGACCAGGAUGUGACAUUCACAUUUGAUCCACAAUGGCCAGGAAACGACAAUACAACAAUGUGGCGAAUGGUACCGUGGGGCAUUCGGCGCUUGCUGAACUACAUCAAAGACAACUACAACAACAUCGACGUGUACAUCACCGAGAACGGCAAAGGGGACUGUGGCACUAUGGAAGACCAGGCCCGCAUUGACUACAUCAGGGACUACAGCAACAACGUCCUCAAAGCUAUCGAUGACGGAGUCCACGUGAAGGGUUACUUUGUCUGGACGCUGAUUGACACGUUUGAAUGGAGCGGAGGCUACACCACCAAGUUCGGCUUCUACUAUGUGGACUUCAGCCUCCCACAUAGACCGAGGUACCCCCGGAGGUCAGUGAAGCUGUACCAGAUGAUCAACAAGGAGAGGGGGUUCACCCAGGACAUACAGAACUACAGAGCAUACCCAGCUGACAGAGACACAUUUCUUUAUGACCAUUUCCCUGACAAGUUCCUGUGGGGCGUCGCCACUUCCUCCUAUCAAGUGGAAGGUGGAUGGAACGAAGACGGAAAAGGGGAGAGCAUAUGGGACAGGUUCGUUCACAUCAAAGGCAACAUUGCCAACGACGAUACUGGAGACGUUGCCUGCGACAGCUACCACAAUUAUAAGGAGGAUGUUCGCAUGCUGAAAGACUUAGGUGUGAAUUUUUACAGGUUUUCUAUUUCGUGGAGUCGCAUUUUGCCUGACGGAACACCAAGCUCUUUGAACAGCAAAGGUAUCGCCUACUAUGACAAUCUUAUCAACGAGCUCUUGGCCAAUAAUAUAAUACCAUUCGUCACCCUGUAUCAUUGGGACUUGCCACAAGCACUGCAGGAUAAAGGUGGCUGGAUGAAUGAGGCCAGCGUUGAUUGGUUCACAGAAUACAGCCGGGUCAUGUUCCACUACUUCGGGGACAAGGUGAAGCACUGGAUCACAUUUAAUGAAGUCGUCACCAUUUCCUGGCUUGGGGAUGGCAUCGGGGUAUUCGCUCCUGGUAUCAAGGAUCCGGGUGUUGCCGUGUACCAGGUCGCCCACAACAUCAUCAAGGCUCACGUCAAGACUUACAGGAUGUAUGACAAGGACUUCAGAGCCCGACAGAAUGGUAUGGUGGGCAUUACGCUUGACAUUGAGUGGAAGGAACCUAUGACCUCUAGCUCAGCCGACUUGGAGGCAGCACACAGGGCUUUCCAUUUCAAACUUGGCUGGUUGGCUAACGCCAUAUAUGGCAACGGGGACUACCCAGAAGUGAUGAAGCGCUACAUCGACCGCAGAUCUCGUCAGGAGGGGCUCAGACACUCCCGACUUCCGGUCUUCAGUGCAGAGGAGAAGAAAAAUAACAAAGGGGCUUACGACUUCAUGGGUGUGAACCACUACACGACUGACCUGGUGGCGAACAACCCUUCCCCCAGCUCCACCCCUGACUAUAUGGAGGACCAGGAGACCGAGGUUAGGAAAGACAUGUGUUGGCCCAAAACGGUUGCCGAAUGGCUAAGCAUAAAUCCAUGGGGAAUCCGGAACGUGUUGAAAUUCAUCAAGAAUUACUAUGGCGACUUCCCUAUCUUCAUCACGGAAAGUGGAUCGGCUGACACUGGCGGGCUGGCGGAUGACCAGAGGGUCCAGUACUACAAAUCCUACACCAACGAACUUCUUAAAGCAAUCCUCUGGGACAAGGUGAAUGUCCAGGGCUACACCGCAUGGGCGUUGAUGGACAACUUCGAGUGGGCCAGUGGAUACACCCAAAAGUUCGGUAUAUAUUCAGUCAACUUUACAGACCCGGCAAGAACCCGGACGCCGAAGAAAUCAGCCUUGUACAUUACAAGCUUGAUCAAGGAAAAUGGUUUUGUAAAACAGUAAAAACGUUUGAAUAAAGCAGUUUCUCACUGA